UGGCGGAGAAGCAACAGGUGUUUGUUGUUACCUUUUCGUUUUUUUUAUCACUUGCUGAGCCCGAGGGAUAACGCGUUACGUCGAUUCGUGACUGUCAUUGAGGUUGUUACAGGAUGGGGACCCGUGUGGGUGGAGGUCUUCAUUUCACAGACAAGUCUUUGGUUGGGGUUUCUAGGCUGCUUGAGGACCUGCAACAUCUCCUGGAGGAUAAAGACUCGGCUGAUAUUAUCUUCGUUGUGGGUCGGGAGGAGACGCACAUUGCAGCGCAUAAGCUCAUACUUAAAGCAAGAUGUAAAAGUUUUGUAGAAGCAUCAGGAGGGGAGGUGUGUGUGAUUCCUGGCAGCACCGUGACCCCAGGGAGCCCUCAGACCACCAUCCGGCUACCACAGUAUCAGCCCAACAUCUUCAGACAAGUUAUUUGCUAUAUCUACACGGGCAAGGUUGUGAUGAGUGACAGUGGAGUGUUUGAGGUGUAUGGAGUGGGCCAUGACUUGGGCCUCGAAGAGCUCUGCCAGCACUGUGAGGACCACAUAGCCACCACCAUGACCCCCCACAAUGCUUGCACAUUCCUCAUGGCUGCUCUCAAGAUGGAGCAGAGGACUGGAGGGAGUAAAGGCAGUCGCUCUUUUGUCGACCGGUGCGUGGCUUACAUCGGAGAGAAUGCGCUUGAGUGCAUGCAGACCUCUUCAUUCCUCAACCUCUCUAGAGAAGCUCUUAUCCGACUCAUCUCCUCUGACAAUCUGGCGCUUGAGGAGGAGGAUGUGUGGCGGGGAGUCCUGAACUGGGCCAAAUACGGCGCGGGAGUCACACAGCCCACACCCCACUGGACAGAAGAGGAGAGACUGCGAGUGUGCCAGCAGCUCCAGGGGGUCAUUAAUCAUGUCCGACUUCUACUCAUUGAUAGCCAAGUUUUUGCCGAGGAGGUGGAGCCAACGGGAGCGGUGCCCAUGGAGCUGUCUCUGGAGAGGUACCGAUACGCCGCGCUACCCAAUAAGUUCAAGGACAAUUCCACCAAUGAGGACAAGCGCCUUCAGCCUAGGGUCUCGCUCAAACUCUUCGCUGGCUCGCAGAUUCUUGUAAAUGAAAAGAUGUCACUGCAGAGGGUGUUAAACAGCUGGUAUGGUGUGAACAAACAGAUGUGGAGACUUGUUUACCGCGCUUCCACCCACGGCUACUCAGCAGACGCUUUUCACCGCCAUUGCGACGGGGUGGCUCCCACAUAUACGAUUGUGAUGGGCCAGCACGGGGAGAUUUGCGGGGGCUUCAGCGAUGUGCCGUGGGGCAAGACGACCAUGAAGGGGCGCUACGUGGCCUCGGACAAGGCUUUCCUCUUCACGCUCGUUAACAACCAGGACAUUCCCCCGGCCAAGUUCCCCGUGGUCAAGAAAAUGUUUGCCAUUUGUUAUCAUCCAGACUGUGGCCCAAUAUUUGGUGCGGGUGCUGACCUCUUCAUUGCCGGCAACUGCAACCAGAAUCUCGAGAGCUACUCCAACCUGCCCCACUCGUACGACGGGGAAAAUGCAACGUGCAAUACUCUCAUGAGUGACUACAACUUCACAGUUUUGGAUUACGAGGUCUUCACGCCAUAUGGAAAAUAAUAGGGAGACGAAAGCAUUUAUUUGAUGUUCUAUAAAACAUGUUACAAUUUCUCAUUUAUUAGUUAAUAGAUUUUUAAUUUAGAAUUCAAGAUUAUUGUUACCUUUUUUUCAUCAUUAUUGUUUUAACUGUGACUUUGUUUCUUCAUAGGAGUAAAUAGGAAUUUACGUAAUCGUUGGUUUUCCCAAGAAAAAGAAACCAUGGAUAUCCACCCGAUGUGUUUAGUAGAUCGGAGACAUUCCAGAGAUAUUUAUCAUUAUUUUUCUCUAUGUUUGUGUGUUCCCCGGCUUUUGGAAUUUUUUAUUCUUCUUUUUUCUUCUUUUCAAGAUUGUUGAAUUGUUGCAGCUGUUGUUGAAAUUAUAACUUUUUAGCCAUAGUUAUAAAGAAAUAAUUUUUGUACUGUACAAUUUUUUACGUAUUUUUUUUUACAUUCCAAGCAAGGGACAUGACUUUAUUAUUGUAUACAUUGAGUAUUUGAUAUUUUCCUCUCUUUUUUCAUGUGUGCCUGGGCAUGCCUGUAUGCAUGUACCUGUUUACACAUGUUCCUGUGCACAUUUUUUUUGUGUGUGUGUGUGUGUGUGUGUGUGUGUGUGUGCGUGUGUGUGUGUGUGUGUGUGUGUGUGUGUGUGUGUGUGUGUGUGUGUGUGUGUGUGUGUGUGUGUGUGUGUGUGUGUGAGAGUGUGAGAGUGUGAGAGAGAGUGUGAGUGCAUAUAUGCGUGCAAGAGUGUCUUAUAAGAAUCAUAUGCGAUAAAAAUAGAAGAGAAAGCCCUGAAAAGUAUAGUGGCUUUGCUUAGCAUUCUUUCAGUGUGUACAGUCGAGUCUUAUAUUCAUUUGAGGAGAAGAAUUCCGUCCAAGUGUAAUUCAUUGUUCCUACUCGUCUUUCCAGAUUACGAAAUGGGGUCGGCAAUAUGCUGUCGUGUGGCCAUUUGGAGUCAGUGACAGAUUUGUAAUCAUUGUAAUAAUUGUCAGGUACAAUAAAUGAAAUGCAAGUGGGAGACUAGGAAGUUGUGAAAUGUAAUGAUGCUUUAGUAAUAAGUUGAAUUGUUGUUGCUUCUCUUUCCCCCCUCCCCCCUUCCCUCUCUCUCUCUC